AUGAACUUGUUGAAGAUCGACGGUCUAGUUACCCGGCUGCCAUUCCCUGUUUAUGUGUCUUUCAAGAAUGGUCUGGCAACACAUGCCAAAUUGCCAACUCGGAUUGCCUAUUCGACUUUUUUAAAAAACAAUGACAAUACACCAGACACUCAAAAUACCAAAACACCAUCAGACAGUUUGCCAAAAGUGACACUACAUCAAGUACGCAAACGGGGGAAUUCAAAUCGAUAUAAUACAAUCAAAUUGGCGGGACCAAUAAGCUCGUUUAAUCCACAGACACUCUUGGACGAAAGCCAGGUUUCUCCAGUAUCGCGAUCGGCCCAAGAUGCUAAUGCAUAUCCCUCGACUAGUAGAGCUUGGACAUCUCCAAAAAUGUGGAUGAAAUCAGUUGAUAGCGUUGAUAUUAUCAAUCGGUCGAUUCAGCAGAAUGAUAAUGCAGAUAGCGAUUUAGCUGGUGAUCAUACAGGACGCACGCAUAAUCAAGCUAUUCGAUCAUACUCGAACAAAAAGAAAUCCUCAUCUUCGAGCACUACCAUAUCAACUAUACAAAAAGAUUGGGAUGUUGGUCUCUUGACUGCUCCAUCCACAGGAAAAAUUGAUCCGGCAUUCUCUAGACUUGAAGCUGGCCUGCUGCCACAUGGCACUACAUCAGACUCGAACAAAUCUAAACUUGCACCAAUCAAAGAUAUCAAGAAUGAUUUCAAUGACACUAUUGGAGAUAAAUCUAAAAAUGGUAUUAGUGCAUGGGUAAAGCCUGAAAAACAAACUGCAUCGUCAGGCACCAUACCCAUAUCUUUUAUGUUGGAUUGCAUCAAGCAUUCACCCGAUCAACUUCCAUAUCUUUCUAGUGAUGCAGUGUGGGCCAUGUUCAAUCGCAUAAAGCAAGCCUUUUUAAUCAAAGAACUAAGUAUUCACGAUUGGCACAAGCUUUUUGCAAGGAUUGUAGACAUGUCGGCUUCAUUCAAUGAUAAUCCAGAUCCUAAAGAAUUUCAGCGAGCCAUUAUUUUGCUACAAGAAAUGAAACAAUGUGGUUUAUGUCCAGAUGCAUUUGUAUACGGAUGCAUGUAUCGAGCCACUCGUGAUCGUAUUAACAUGGUACUGAUGAUUCACCAGCAAGCCGUUAGCGAUCUAGCACGAUUCAAACGUCAAGGAUUGGUUGUCAAGGCUCAUGAUAUUCCUGCCGAUUAUCCACUUUCCAACAAAUCGAUUCGCACUUUGUUGGCCGUGCUGCUGCGACAAAAAAGGAAGGCUCGUACUCAUUCUAAUGCAAUUUAUCAGCUCUACGAAAAUGUAAUUGAUACUCCAAUACUGAUGACAACUGAUACAUAUCUUGGAUUUCUUAAAGCGUUUACGGACCUUGAAGACAAGACCAUGGUUGAGCGUAUUCACCACUUUUUAGCAACGCGUGCAAAAAUGACUGGUGAUCUAAACAUUCAGGCAUAUGAAGGAAUCAUGUUUGCUCAUUUGAAAAUGAAAAACUUUAGAGCAGUUCGACGCCAAAUGGAAACGAUUCUUGAAAAAAAGUCAAUCAAACCUCGAUCUGCAACAUACCGGUUAGCUUUACAAGCAUACGAGCAGCUUCAAGACUAUGCAUCUAUAUAUACUACAGAUGCUUUGAUGAGACGGUUUAACGUUCCUAUAGAUUCCGAGAUUUACUCUAUUCUUCUUAGAACGGCAUUAACUCAAACUGACAGUCUAGACAGAAUCAAAAGUCUACACAAGCGAAUCAAUUCACAUAUGAAAACUAGUUUUGAAACGUUGACUUCUAAGUCGAGUUCAGUCAAGGAUCAAACUAUAUCUGAAACUUCAAGCCCACUCUCAUAUACAGUAUAUGAACCUCUUUUAGAAGCAUACGCUGCAGUAGGUUCAUGGGACGAUGUUCAAAAAGUAUUCAAUCAAAUGAUUAAAGUAAGAUCUAUUGCUGUUUCCAGAAAAAACAAAGAGCAAGGAUUUCCUAGCACGACUGCUGCAUUUAUUGAAUUUUCUAGACCCAAUGACAUAUGGAGACUAUCUAAACAUGUACGCGAGGAAACUCAACAGCAAAGACCUACUCUUGCUUCAACUUCGCUUUCAGAAAAUGUUGAUGGUAGCACUGACACAAAGCCCAUGCUCAUUUCAGAAACUGUGACAACACAGCCAAACAGCAAACCUUUGAAUGAACCAUCAACUGUGCACAACAGGCUUACUAGUCAAGAUUUUCGCAAGUUUUUCCCACCUGAGCCGUCACGACGAUCGUUGCGUGCUGUUGUCUCUCACCUUGCUACCAAGCUGGAUGCUAUUCAACUGAAAGAGUUUUUUUUGAAACAUGUUUUGACCAAAGAUCGUCUAGGAUUAUAUGCCAUGCAUCGUCUUUUUUCUCAAGCCGAAAAGAUUAAAGAACUAGUAGCUUUGUCGCAAACACAAAUUAAAAAAGUAAAGACGGAGAUGCCAAACAUACCUACACCCAGUCAAUCUAAAGGCUCAUUUGGUGAGGGUCGACGUCGAAGAAAACUAAUUACCGAACAUAAUAAUAAGAUUCGCGAGCUCAAGAAAAAUAUACUGUGGGCGUCAAAGCGGAUUAAUCGAGGAAUACCUAUUGAUGUUGGAUUUAACGGACCGCUUGUGUCAGUAUAUACAGCGAUGAACGAUGCAUGGCGUGCCGCUACUGAUGCACGUAUUGCCUCUGUACCUAAAACAAGCAAGCAAUCUGGUGAUGCAAAUGAAGUGGAUGAUACAUCCAUGAAUACUGCAGAAAAUAAUGUACUUUGUUCUGACUUGAAAGGUGAGCUACUGAUGCAGAUGGAGCAUCUGUUGACUGAAUUGCAGAAAAUUGAGGAAGAAACAGUUUUUGCAUGUGGAUUCCGUGGUCUUAGACCAUCCAAGAAAUCUGCUGGCGCUUCGUCUAAAGAUGAAAAUAUACUGGGUGACGACUUUGAAAUCGAGUUUAUUGAUGAUGACGAACCACCAGAACACGAUGCUAUACCAAUGACGCCUUUGACAGAGUCGCAUGCACACAUUUCUGAAGGGUUUUUGGUUCAAAACCAGCAUGACCAAAAGUCGACUACCCAAGUCAAGAUCACAAACUCAAGCAAGUCGACUAUACAGGGAAAAAGCAGCGAUAUCUUAUUUUGGGAAAAUGAAUAAUAAUGCAUACUUUUAGUAG